AUGGAUUACAAAUUCAAAUUCUGGAGGCGGAUUUGGUCCUGUGGACUGUGGGCUCUAAACCUUCACUUCCCGAUUUCGCUUGGUGAUUCUUCUGCAUUAAGAGAUUCAGAUGGAAAGAUUCUUCCAGCCAAGCAAGAAAUGCAAUUCAUCUAUUUAACGGACUUCACUGGUUGGAAUCUGUGGGCAGCAAUCAAUGACCGUCCUCUUCUGCCUCUUAGGUUUCAGAACUUGGGCGAGAUGAUGACACUGGGAAGAAACGAUGCUGCAAUUUCACCAAGUUUCAUUGAUGGAUUAACUCUGGAAGGUCCAGUUGGACAUGCAGCGAGGAAAUUUGCAUAUCUGAUAAGAUUGCCCACGGAUGAGCAUCGAAUUAAAGUGGGAAUAAGUUGGCUUGCUAAGCCCGCCAUAGAUUCAGUCGCGUCACUUCAGAGCACCCUUACGAGAGUUCUUUCAGGCUAGCAAAUCAUUUUUUCAUCCAAGCUCUAAUUUUUUUUUAUUAAACCAUUGGCAGUUUUUACCUCGCUUGGUAGUCAUGUUAGAGGAAAAGGAAUUUGACAAUGAUAACUCACCAGUUGUGCAGGUCUAUAGCCUGACGGUCAACUUCUAGAUAACACGUAAUUAAAAGUUCCUAUGGAAGAUCAAUUAUCAUUGUUAUAGUGUUUAAGACCUCAGAAUCAUUUUAAAUAUCAUGUCAUAUAUUCAUGAUACUCUAUGCACGUACUAUUUUGUUUGUUUGGAUGGAAAAUAAUUUGUUGCAUAGAAACACGUAGAAACGAAUCAUAUGAAGAGGGUAGAGAGGAAUGAGUGGGCCAGCGAAUGUACGAACACUUGCUGCUCCGACCAGGUACUAGAAUCGGCAUAAUUG